CCUCAUUACAUUCAGAGACAAGAAUCUCAUUUACUUAAUUUCUUGGUGCUUGUACUAGCUCCAAAACUUGUGGUGCGCACACAUAGCAGAUAAAGACACUGCUAUCCAUACCACCAUAUAUUUAACAUACUAGCACUUAUCUAAAGAAGGAAAACUCAAUGGAGGCUAAGAUUAAGAUGAUGUCAGAGGUGCUUCCAUUCAUAAUCAUGGUGAUUAUGGAAGGCUGCACCAUAGGACUAACAAUAUUUACAAAAACUGCAAUAACUAAUGGAAUGAGCCCAUUUGUGUUCAUUGUUUCUACAAAUGCUCUGGCCACUAUAAUUCUGUUUCCUUGUUCUUUUUUAUCACACCACAAGGACAGAAAGGAGAGUCCACCUUUUACUUUCUCUUUGUUCAUGCGAUUCUUGGUCCUGGGUUUUACAGGAAUAACCAUGACUCAGACAUUUUUAUACCUGGGUCUAAGCUACAGUUCUCCAAUACUUGUAUGUGCCAUGGGCCACUUGAUCCCAACAUUCAAUUUCCUGAUCUCUGUCAUUCUCAGGAAGACAAAGUUGAAUUUGAGAAGCUCUACUACACAAGUCCAAUUGAUUGGUAUCAUGGUAUCAAUAAUGGGAGCAGUGCUAGCUGAAUUCUUCAAGGGCCCACUUAUAAGACCCUCUUCUCACCACCUUAAACACACUAAGCAACUUUUUGUCUUCUCCUCAACACCAGAGUUUUGGGUUCUUGGUGGCAUUUUGCUUGCUGCAGCUUCUUUUUCAACAGCAAUUUGGAACUUCAUCCAGAAAGAAACUGUUCAGCAAUAUUAUCCAGAACCAAUGAAGGUGGUUUCUUAUUAUUGCUUGCUUGGAACGAUCCUUAGUGCAAUAGUCUCAUGGAUAGUGGAGAGAGAUGCAAAUGCUUGGAAGCUAAAACGUGACAUGGACCUCAUUCUCAUUGUUCUAACCGCACUAUUUGGGGGUGUGAUUCGUCCUAAUAUUCAAGUGUGGUUCACUCGUAUGAAGGGUCCACUUUAUGUGCCACUAUUCAAGCCCUUUGGUGUUGCCUUUGCCACCACUUUUGGAGUUUGCUUCUUUCCUAACAGUCUUCAUUAUGGAAGUGUGAUAGGAGCAGCUAUACUUGGAAUGGGGUAUUAUACAGUAUUUUAUGGAGAAUUCAAAGGAGAUGAUGAAGAAGAGAACAGCUGUGACUAUGACGAAAGCUCAGAUUCUUUGGACAAGAAGAUACCUCUGUUGCAAGAAAAGAUGGAAGUGUAAAUAAUAAAUUAAAAGAAACUAUACAUUGUUGACCAAAAAAAAGAAGAAGCUAAUAGCCUAAUACAUUUGUUUGCUAUCGAGUGUGAUAUGACUCCAUUUCUUUUUCAUCUAAUUUUCACACACUUAGUUAA